UUUAAGAGAGAAAUCCACACGACCAUUCAAGUAUAUAUAACCACAUGGCUGGCUCGUUUUAUAACCACGAAAUACAAGUCUACAAACUAUCAAGUCCAAAAAUUCUCAAAUAGUUUUUCUUGUUUUGCAAGUUCUUUCAGAUUUUCUUCCACUUUUGAUCUUGAGAUUUACAACAAUGGGGUUCCGUCUUCCGGCUGUAAUUCCUGCUAAUAAACUUCUUCGACGAUCAUUUUCAAAUACAACUAGAGGAGCUUCCACUAAUUUAGCAGAUGUCCCAAAAGGUUAUUUUGCAGUUUAUGUUGGCGAGAGAGAAAAGCAAAGAUUUGUAAUUCCAGUAUCAUUCCUUAAUGAGACUGAAUUUCAAGACUUGCUAAGUGAGGCUGAAGAGGAAUUCGGGUUUGAUCAUCCAAUGGGUGGUCUAACAAUUCCCUGCAGACAAGGUGCCUUCCUUGAUGUCACUUCUCGCUUGAAUGGAUUGUGAAAUUACAUAAUGAAAAUCUGCAUAUUAUACCAACUAACUGGUUGGAAGAAUUUUGUAAAGUAGACAAUCUCAACAUUCUGUAACUAUUUCGUAUUGGGGAGUGAAUCAAAUGUCUCCCUGAAUUAUGUCAAAAUCUAGUAACUUUUAAUUAGAUAUUCACACUUCUUUUGCUCA